AUGGCCGCACGAUCCGCAGCUCUCAAGCUUGACUGGGCCAAAGUCACCACCUCUCUGGGUCUGCGCGGCCAGACGGUUGCAUCUCUGCAGGCCUUCAAGAAGCGCAACGACGACGCCCGCCGCAAGUUCCAGCAGCUGUCCGAGGAGCCGACCACCGUCGACUUCGCUCACUACCGCAGCGUCCUCAAGAACCAGGCUAUCGUCGACGAGAUCGAGAAGCGCUUCAAUGCCUUCAAGCCCGCCUCCUACGACCUCGACCGCCAGCUGAAGGCCAUCUCUGCCUUCGAGGUUGAGGCUGUCAAGAAUGCUGAGGCUACCAAGAGCAAGGUUGACCUUGAGCUGAAGGACCUGGAGAAGACCCUGAAGAACAUCGAGGACGCGAGACCAUUCGAGGAGCUCACUGUGGACGAGGUUGCUGCUGCCGAGCCUUCAAUCGAUGAGAAGACUUCCAAGCUCGUGUCCAAGGGUCGCUGGUCAGUCCCUGGUUACAAGGAAAAAUUCGGCGAUCUCUCCGUACUAUAG